AUGACCUGCGAGAGCUGUGUGAAGCAUGUCUCCACCUCGUUGUAUAAGCUGGAUGGAAUCAUUAAGGUCGACGCAAACCUCAAGGAGCAACUGGUUUUCAUCGAAGGCACCGCACCACCGAGCUCUAUCGUGUCCGCAAUCCAGGAUACCGGCCGCGAUGCGAUUCUGCGCGGUAGUGGCACAUCAAAUAUCGAGAUCCUUGGUGGAUAUAUACUGACUGGUUCCGAUAUAAUAGGCUCCGCCGUCUGCAUCCUCGAAACACACUCCACCAGCGUCUCCAAUAAAGUCCGCGGCCUCGCCCGCAUGGUACAAGUCUCCCCGAACAUGACCCUGGUUGAUUUGACGAUCAAUGGUCUGGCCCCAGGUAAAUAUCACGCCACGAUCCGCGAAGCCGGCGAUAUCUCGCAAGGCGCUGCGUCGACGGGCGGUAUUUGGGACGCCUUGAAGACCAAGGCUCUCGGCUCGGAUGAGGUGCAAAAGGAGCCGCGUGGAAUAUUUGGCUCUGUGGAUGUCGAUCAGAAGGGUCGGGGUAAUGUCUUUUUGGAUCGACCGGUUGCUAUUUGGGAAUUGAUUGGUCGGAGUAUGGUUCUCUCUGGUAGUAAGGAGGGACCCUUCAAGCGCGAGGAUGAGAAUACCUUGGUUGGUGUGAUUGCGCGCAGUGCGGGAGUUUGGGAUAAUGAUAAGAUGGUUUGCUCCUGCUCAGGUAAGAAUGUUUGGGAGGAGAGAAAAGAGCAGGUUGGUCAGGGAAUGGCAUGA